ACAAAAGCGAAAGAGGAAAUGGAGGUUUGUAAAUAGAACAGAAAUGUUUAUAAUAGGUUUCUAUUUGCAAUGAUCUCUAAGAUUCUUCAUAUUGUAAAGAAUUACUGUUAAUGAAUAAACAGAGAUUUAGACUUACUUUGCAAGGUCUAUAAUCGUUUCUAAACGAAUGGCUCCGUCAAGAUGCACAUGAAGCUCGACCUGGCGGAAGAAGAGACGACUUAAAUUUUACUAGUUACCACAGUCACAGUACGCCACAGCGAUCCCGCAACAGCAGUCGUAUCAAGAUGGCGGUUCGAAUGUGGAGAAUGUAUCAGCGAUGGCUGGUAACCGAUCCUUGGAAGUCACAAACGAUUACUUCAGGAGUAAUCGUAAGUGCUGGUGACAUCAUUUCACAGCAAGUUGUAGAGAAAAGAGGAUUAGCGCAUCAUGACUUCAAAAGGACACUUAGAAUGGCCACAGUUGGUCUAUGYCUUGGGCCAAUCCUCAGAAGUUGGUAUUUAACACUAGAACGAUUUGUGCCCUCAACCUCUCGACCUGUACUAGACGGCUUUAAAAAGAUGCUUCCAGAUCAACUUUUAUUUGCUCCGUGUGUCAGUGUAGCUUUCUUUUGGAUAAAUAAUACUUUUGCUGGUGGAACGUUUGAAGAGUUGAAAAAAAAACUGAAUGAACGCUAUGUAGAAACGCUUUUGAAUGGAUAUAAAGUCUGGCCAGCAGUGCAGAUGGUUAACUUUACCAUUGUGCCAUUCCAGUAUAGAAUAGGAGUAGUUCAACUUGUAGCAGUUUUAUGGAAUGCUUAUCUUUCAUGGCAAGUUAAUAAGCCUACCUCUUCAGAUAAAGAAAUAACAGGGUAGUUUGAAGAGAUAUACUGUACUUGCAUUUUGGUUUGAGAACAAUGUUAAUGAAAUUUUACAUACUGCAUUUAUCAKUUUUAUAAUAUAUAAAAUUAYCAAAGA